GGAAGGAGGAGGAAGAGAAGGAGGAGAAUUCCCCCCGUUAUACAUUUUGGGCUGUGGUGUUGAGCUCAGAGCAGAGAAGACUCAGGUGGGAAAGAUGAAGAUGAAGCUGGUGGUUGUUUUGCUUUGCCUGGUCCUGCUGACUGUUCACACAGAUGCCAACCCUAUUAUUACAGAGAAGAAUGCCAAGCAACUUCUUCGCCGCAAGAGACAGGACAGGCCGCAGAAGGCCGGCCACCCUGACGAGCCGAUGAGGGAACAUAUGCUCCACAUGCAGGCUCUGCAGCAGAGGGCCCAGGAGACCAACAUGGAGUACUGGCUGAACCCACACUGCCCACCGCGCUGCGACAGAAACUACGGCCACCCGGUCUGAGCAGCAACAAGAGAACCAUCUGGAGCGACGGAUUUCACGAAGAGAAAUGGAAACAAGCGUUAAAAAUAUAUCCUAAAACUUUUCUUCUCCCAAUUUCUG